UAAUGACAACAAAAUAGAUGUUUUCCUCCCACUGAGAAUUAAAAUUGAAAUAGACAGCAUUUGCCUAAAACGUUCUUAUCACGCUCGACGACUUCCGAAUACUGAUUACAGUCUACUGCCGAUCCCACGAUCACUGACUACCUAUUAUAUAGGCGUUUUCGUUGUUGCUUACAACUCUGUGAAGUUAUGGCGAACUUGAAGGGGCCUUAUAAAAGGAACCCGGAACAGUGAGGUAUACUACAGUUUGGAUACAAUGGCUAGCAGAACCACUUGGAUUAUUCUAUUCGCACUUGCUGCCUUGCAGGCAACGCUCGCAGCACCUGCCACAAACAGGUAUCAGUUGCAAUAUGAGGUGACCAGCGAACUCUUUCAACUGGUAACUGAUGCCCUGGAAGAGCUAAGAAAUGUUUUUCAACUGGUCAUCUACGAAGCCGAACUUAUUUUACCGCCGGAUUCAAAGGGUCUCAUUCUCACGGAGCUUAAGGACUUUGUCAAGGUGCUGGACUCACUCGACUUGGAUGAUUCACUCGAGCUGGACAUCCUGGAAGAUGCCCUGGAUGAAAUGGUUAACAUAAUCGACAUCGCAGACAGCAAAGAGUUCGAAUCGGAAGCGGACGAGGUGGUCGUUCAGUUGUUCAUUCAGCACGGAGGUGAAGACCUGGAGCAGAUACUGGAAAGAAAUUUGGAAACCACGCUGAAAAUAAUCGAGCAGAAGGUAGGAGACUAUAUGGGCACGUGGUCUGAUAGUCGUUUGGCCAGAAACUCCGAACUGGUGAAGCAGUUCAUGGACUUCAAGAACGAGAAGGAUGUCUAUGAGAAAUUGGAUAAGUUGUCGAAUUCUGAUUUCAUUUAAUAAAUAAUGUGAAAGCAUUAUAAGAACAA